AUGGCGGCGACGGCGACGGCGACGGCGGCGGCGACGGGUUUGGCUGGCACGGGUGUGAAUGCAACGGGGAAUGCAACGGCUGCAGGAGGAUUGGUGGGGGCGGCGACGAUUGGAUCUUCGACCGUGGGUAGUAGCAGUGGUGGUGGGGCGCCUAGCAGCGGACGGAUCAAGUGGUGUACCGACUUGGAAAAGCAGAGCUUGGUGACAAACUUCGAGAAGCGGCACUGGCAGCGCACGGCUCGUGAUGGCAACGAUUGGAACAUAUACUGGGCCACGGUGGGCACGGUCCAUCGCCUCUUCAGCCCGGACAGCGGCUUUCGCCUCAAUGAUCACCAGCUCUUGAAUCACUUCCCCAAUCACUACGAGUUGACCCGAAAAGAUUUGAUGGUCAAGAACAUCAAGCGCUACCGUCGUGACUGUGAACGUGAUGGCUCUCCCCUCGCAGCACGUGGACCUGAUGGCUCCUACCUGCAUCUUGACCUCGUGCCCGGGACAUACAUGUUGCCGAGCGAGUACGGCCUCUUUGUCGACGAGUUUCGCCGCUCCCCGGGCACGUGGAUCAUGAAGCCCGCUGGCGCUGCACAGGGCCGUGGCAUUUUCCUCGUUAAUAAACUUGCCCAGCUCAAGCGCUGGUCUAGAGAAGCCAAAUCGCAGGCCAAGACUUAUGUCAUCUCCCGCUACCUGGACGCACCCUUGCUGAUUGGCGGCAAAAAGUUUGACCUCAGACUCUACGUCCUCGUCACCUCCUUUCGGCCACUACGUGCCUACAUCUCGCGCGAGGGCUUUUGUCGCUUUUGUACCGUCAAGUACACCGCCAGCACCGUGUCCAUGGAUAACAUGUACGUCCAUCUUACCAACGUGUCCCUACAAAAGCACAGCGAGACCUACAACGAUGUGCACGGAGGCAAAUGGACGCUGCAAAACCUGAUGCUAUACAUGGCCGGCACUCGAGGCAGUGCAGCGGCCCAGCAGCUGCAUGACGACAUGAUGUGGGUUAUUUUACAGAGCUUAAAAAGUGUACAGAACGUUAUGGUCAGCGACCGACACUGUUAUGAAAUUUAUGGCUACGACAUUAUCAUUGACGCCGCCCUCAAGCCUUGGCUCAUUGAGGUCAAUGCGUCCCCUUCUCUCUCCGCCACCACCAUAGCAGACCGGAACAUGAAGCACACUGUUAUCAAUGAUGCCAUGAACAUCCUGUGCCCCGACGGUCAAAUGCCCGACGUAAAACGUUACCACGUGCCAACGGCUGCCCAGAUGGGCUCAUUCGAAGUAUUGUACGAUGAAACGCUCUUGCCUGCUGCCAACACCGCCAAACCUGGCAAAAAGGGGCCGCGGCGCACUGUCAGCACAAGCUCAACGUGGCGCUAG